AUGAGUUUGCUUGACUCGUCAUGGUUCACAGACAGACCAAUUCAUCCAGAUAAGCAGCCCAAAAAGAUUCCUAUGACGGAAUGGGAAUACCAAGAAAAACACGGCCUUGAUAGCCAAAAGGAUAUUGAUAGUGAUUUUUCUGAUCCAUCAGCUUUCUCAUUUUCAAGUGAUCAAUCGAUGGACUCGGAUGGGCCAGCACCACCAAAGAAGGAAAGACCGCUAUUAAAUACUUCAGACCCAGAAAAAAUUGGAGAAGCACUAAAAACAGAUUUAGAUUUUAUAUCAACAUCGCAUAAUUUAAGCACACAACGUAGAGAAGCUGCAGAUAGAGAGAUACAAGAUACAAUAUCAUCAGCAAAAUAUACAUAUUUUAACGAUUUAGAAGCUGAAGCGCAAUUUAGCGAUCUGUCCUUUUCAGAUGACUUCGAAUCAUCUUCAAAAUCUAAAACAAAUAAAUACGGAAUAUCAGAUGCACUCGAAUCCGAACUUAUGACCUGUGGAGUACAAAAAGUUGGAAAAGGAGAUUCGUCAUGCAUCGUAAGAAAAUCACAGUCAGCUAAAAUCGAUUCAUCUAGCAAAAAUUACGACUUUGAUAAUUCAUCUUCGAAAAUCUCAAAAAUUUCGACACUGAAAACAACAGAUAAAUCAACAAAGACAGAUAAAAAUACAGAUACUAUAUCAACAAUGGCCGAUAUUUCAUCAUUCCAUGAUACAAUGACAUCAGAUUUCAAAUUAGAAUCAACACAAGGAAAAACAAAAACAGAUACAGAUAAAAUUAGCCCUAAUAAAAGGAAAUCGGUUACUAUUACAGAUACUCUUCAAUCAACCUUAGAAAAAGCAAAAAGUAAUAAAGAUACAAAAGAAUUUACUGAUUUUAGUAGUGACACCGAUCUUCUUGCCACAAAUCGAACAUCUACAUUAGGUACAACUGAUCUCCAAACGAAUACUCAAACAAUGGGUGAUUCUCUCAUGAAAAGCAACACAAUUACAAAGAAAACAACAAUUUCAUGCAAAACAGACACAUCAACAAUUAAACCUGAUCCAAAUGCAAGUAGUUUAUAUGGAAGAAUUAAUAGUAGUCUUGAAAUUUCGGAUCAAAACAACAAACUUGCGAAAGAAAAAUAUAAGAAACAACUCGAAGAAGAAAACAGUCCAUACAAGAAGAUGAAAAAAGAACCAAUUCCAGAUCAAAUCCCAGAAUUCAUGAAAGAUGAAAGAAGAGAACUUAUUGAGCGUCGAAAAGAAGAAUCACUUCAACGACAAAAAGAAAGUUUGAGACGAAGUGAAGAUAUUUCGAAACAAUUAGAAGAAUCAGUCAGAAAACACGAGAUGACAGAUGAAAGACGUAAAGCAUUAGAAUACAAACCAAAGCCAUUAGAAGACAAAUCACCACGAUUCCCUAAAGAAGACAGAACAUCAUUAAAGUCAAAGCGAUUGGAAGAAGAAGAGAAAAAGCGAGCAUCUAAACAAAGUUCUAAGAAGAAAUAUGAAUUAAUACCAGAUGAAUCUGAUUUAAUCAAAGAAAGAAAACUCAAGAAGUUAAUAGGAGAACAAAAAUUAGAAGAAAUCGGUGAAAAAGUCCCUCCUCCACCUCCAAAAGAGAAGCAUCGUAAAAGAGUUGUUAUUGACGAAGAUGAUGUUGAUCCAAGGAGGUUAAAUAUGAGUGAAAAAGAUAAGAAGGCGUUCUAUGAUCCAGCAACAACAAAAGCAGCACAAUUACGUAAUCAAAUGAUCAGACAAAAGAUUGUUCAACAAGCAGAAGCAGACAGAGCUAAACGAGAAGAAGAAGAUGAACGACUUAGGAAGGAAAUCAAAGUUGCUGCAAGGAUCGAACCAGAUUUGCGGAAAUUACGAGAACAAAGUCAAGUUAAAACGAAAGAUAUUAAAGAACGUAGGAAAGAAGAAGAGGAAAAAAGUAAACAAGUUUCUAAGGAAACUCGAAAAAUGCUUAAACGAGUUGAAAAGAAUCCUUCAUUGUUUAACAGAGAAGGACAAGAACUAACAAGACAAGAAGCGCGUCAUCGAGCGAAAGUCAGCAGUGUUGUUAAGACUCAAGAACAAAUGCAUUGGGAUACAGUCCGAGCUCGAAGAGAAGCUAAAAAUGAAGAACUGAGAAAGAUGUGGAGCGGAAAAAUGUAA